AGCUGUGCAGGAAUUGAUUUAUAAUCUCCCUGGGAAGCCGGGAAAUGUGACCAAGACAGCGCUGCCCACCGCCACUGGGGAAACAGGAAGUAACAAAGGAAACAAGUCACGGCUCGGCGUCACUUUUGGCCACAGUGCAGUGCAGAUGCACAGGCAGCUGGGGCAGGGUUUCUUUUCCUUUCGUCUGCUGAGCAGACAGCAGCUACAGCUGUGGCUUUCAACCCGGGAGUACCCAAAGGUGGGAGAAGCGCAGAAAUGUUCCUGCCAUGCCUGAGAGGGGUCAUAAGUUGUUAAUGGCUUUGUCAUCCCAGAGGAAACAAUCAUUCGGUGACACUGGCAGCAGAAAAACGAUGUGUCGGUCGGAUAAGGGCACCAGAAUGAUGGCCUCACAGGAGCAGGUCUGGCCAGUCCCAAUGAAGGCAAUUGGAGCACAAAACCUUCUGACAAUGCCUGGAGGAGUCACCAAGGCAGGCUAUCUUCAUAAAAAAGGAGGCACCCAGCUGCAGAUCCUGAAGUGGCCACUGAGAUUUGUGAUUAUCCAUGAGGGAUGUAUCUACUAUUUUAAGAGCAGCACAUCUGCAUCUCCCCAGGGUGCAUUUUCUUUGAAAGGUUACCACAGGGUUAUGCGGGCAGCUGAGGAGACAACAUCAAGCAAUGUGUUUCCUUUCAAGUUAGUUCACAUAAGCAAGAAGCACAGGACGUGGUUUUUUUCAGCUUCUUCCGAAGAUGAAAGAAAGAAUUGGAUGCUAUCCUUGAGAAGAGAAAUUGGUCACUACCAUGACAAGAAAGAACCAUUAAUAGAAUUCAGUGACUCUGGUUCUGAUGCAGACAGUUUCUAUGGCUCAGUAGAACGUCCCAUUGACAUCAAGUAUUCCCAUCAUUCAGCAGAUAAUGAAGAUUAUGACCAGGAGGAAGAGGAUGAGUCGUAUUUGCAGCCGGAUACUUGUGACAUAGUGAAAGAUGAUAUGGUCCUGCCCCCUGCAUACCCACCUCCACCUGUUCCUCAAGUCAGGAAAUCUGCCUUCUUGGAAUCGAGGGCAAAUUCCUAUGCUGGCAAACCAACUGCACCAGUACCACCACCACCUCCUAAGAGAAGCUUACCUGAAAUCAAACUAGACCCUCCCCCUGUGCCCCCUCUACCUGUGUUCAAAAAGCCUGCAAGUGGCAAAGCGUGUCACCCACUGCCUCCAGAGCCUCUGCCUCCAGCACAAGUCCUUGUUCCUCCAGAAGCGUGCGAGAAGCUGAAAAGCUUAAACCUUUCCCCACGGACUCCUCCUCCUCUGCCUGGCAAUAAACCCAAGUUGUCACAGCUUGUUGAAAAGCUAGCGGACCCCAAAGUGCCCAAAGAACUUGGUAAACCUGGACUGUUUGUGCCACCAGUGCUCCCAAAGCCACCUGUGCCCAGUCACCAGCCCCCUGCAGUCAAGCCUAGGACAGAAAAAUCUUUAGGCCACCAGUUACAGAGAUCACCACCAGAUGGACAAAGUUUUAGAAGCUUUUCAUUUGAAAAACCAGCACUACCCUCCAAGCCAAGCCAGCCUGAUGAUAACUCUGAUGAUGAUUAUGAAAAAGUUGGGCUGCCUGCUUCAAUAUUUCUUAAUACCUCUGAAUCCUUAGAAGUUGAAAGGAUAUUUAAAGCUAGUAGCCCACAAGGACAACCACAAAAUGGAUUGUACUGUAUUAGGAACUCAUCUUCAAAGCAAGGAAAGGUAUUGGUUGUAUGGGAUGAACCUCCAGGAAAAGUGAGAAACUACAGAAUCUUUGAAAAGGAUGGCAAGUUUUACCUGGAUUCAGACAUCCUGUUUUUGAACAUGGGAAGUCUGGUGGAAUACUACAGCACUCAUGUCUUACCCUGUCAUGACAGCCUGAUUCUCAGGUGUCCUUAUGGUUACUCUAAGCCAAGGUGACGUGACAGCCAUGGUUCACUGACACCUCUGAGGACAGGACUCCUGCCCCUGCUGGACAUCCUGCUGUUUGCACACACAAACUGAAUCUGUUUCCACCGUUUAUUCUCACGUGAAUUGUUAUAUAAAUUCCAUUUAAUGAACUUCUGGUAAAACCUUAAAGUCCAGAUCAGUGGAUUUUAUGGUCUUGUCUUUUAUGAAGAUUUGAACUGAUUAUGCUGUGAAAGCUGUCCAGGAUACCCACACCUUUUAUAAAAUGCUGCUAUUACUAAUCUUGGAAUGUCGAAGAGGAACAUGAACAAAGAAGUGAUCUGAAUACAACUGAUCUGGAAAAUGAAAGUAUGUCAGAAUUUAUUUGUGACAGGGAAUACUAAUACUCUGACUUGGAGGUACUACUCCUAAAGUCAGCAUUGGUGCUCAACUGAGAUAUUUUGUAUUACUUGUAUAGUUGAUAUGUACAUAAUGAAGAUUUCUGUGCAAAAUAAUUAAUUUACUAUAGGUAAAGAUGAUCAGGAAAUGAGGCUUUUUUUUAAGCCACCUCUCACAUCCUUGUACCUUCUGAGUACAGUAACCACUAUCAGGUACUAUCUGGCUGGUAUGGGUGUGGCAUCCCACAUACUGCUCAAUGACAUGCACUUCGGGUAAGUGAUUUGGCUUUCAUGGGAGCCCCAUUACCGAAUUCUGAACUAGAAGGGUUUGUGCCACUGGUAUCUUUAAAGGGUAUGAGAAAAGAGAAAGGACUGCUUGAGUUUUUGGGGGAAGGCAAGGGAGCCAUUUGAAUGUUCCAAAUUCCAACUAGCAGUUUUAUCUCACAUUGCCAUAGUCAAAGGUUCUUUAAACAAAGCACAAAAAACACACAAAGCCAUGGUUGUGAUGCUACUAUCAAUCCAUAAAUCCUUGUGGUCACUCUUAGGAACAGGUUGUCAGCCCAUUGAAUUCUUUUCUGUUCUGGGGCAAAACACACUACCCUAGUCUGCUACCACAAUUUUUUCCAUUAUUAGAAUUUCUACUCAGUUUGUAGUUGUAUGCAAAACAAAAUCUGUUUUUAAUUUACUGUCAAUAAUAGGCAUUACCAGGGUGCUUUUACCAUUUGUUCCUAAUAUUUUGGAGCCAGGUAUCCUAAAUCCAAAGGUUUGAUGUUUAUGCCAAAAUUACUUUUGGAGAAGAAAUUGAUUUUAACAGUCUUUUAAGUAAUUGUUGAUCCAAAAAUACUGUCAUAUUAGUCUCAUAUUCUAAUAAUGUUUACAGCACUUGUAAUAGUAGUAAAAAAAAUGCUGCCCCUCUUGAAACAGAAUGUAACAAGAUUUUAUCAGUCUGAACCUGUAUCAAUCAACUUUUUUUUCUGUUAUCUUUUCAAUGUUUAUACAUGCCCACUUUAAUCUUGUUACCAUUAGAUGGUCACAACUUUAAAAUCAUGACAAAACCAUUACAGAAUAAGAAUUUGCUUUUUAUGAAAACAAUAAAUAAGGAUUUAGUCCCUAGGAAAUUGUCCUUGCUCAUCAGAUGGAAUAUGAGGAUCAUACACAGGAAUUAAGGCUGGAAACUCUGCCUCCAUCUUUUCAGAGACACAGACAUACACAAUAUCAGUGUUUUGAUCUCUGCUCCUGCCAUAAUAGGGCUUAUGUGUGUAAAUAAUGUGAAGUACUUAAAAUUCAGAUUCUGUUGAAUGUUGGAUAUUUUGAGUCUAUUUCCUUUUAUUUUACAUCAGUAGCCCUGUAGUGCACUACCCUGACAUGAUCCUCCCUAAAAAAGGCUAAGCCAAGACAGCAUUUUAAAAACCUUUUUGGCAAAUGGUUAUAUGUAUAUCAGAGUAAGUUCAAGUUUCUUGCAAUAUUCACACCUAACUGUCUACAGAGCAGGAUUUUUCUCUGUGUGGGAAUAAUUGACUUCAUUGUGUCAUGACAGUUAUAUUUAUAGCGUGUUCUCUUUGGGGCCCUAUUCAGAUAUUUGAUUGUUUUCUCAACCUUAUACUCAGAAGAUUUUCAAAUUGUUAACAUCCAUUUAAACCAUAACACUUUCUUUACCUGUGUAAUACAAGAGUUGCAAACAUGUAAAUUUUUGUGUUAAUUUCCUUUUGUAUCUAAAUGUAUAGAUUUCUGAAAUGGAUAAACUUUCAGUACCAAUCCA